AUGGAUUCAAACGGCGCGAAGGGUCUUUUGCAGCUUCCGCCCGAAGUAUUGUUGUUGGUUUUGGGGAUGGUGGACCCUCGGGAUCUCAUAAGGCUUCGAUUGACUUGUAGAAGGUUACAAAAGUUAACGUACGAUCACGCUGUUUGGGUAUCAAAGUUGAACGAACAAGCAGCGUAUCUCCCUCUUCCACCGGAUAUUUUGCACCAGCGCGAACACGACAAACAUCUCCUGACAUUUUCUGAAAACUCUAUUGAAUCCACUGUGCUCAAAGGCCAACGAAUAUGUGAUGCAUGGCCCCGUGCUCGUUUGAAAACGCCCAUCAAACUGAAGGACACGGAUGGUAGAUUGAUGUGGAUUGGUCUUAAUCUUGUUGCCGAUAGAUGGCUGGUUGCUACAUAUCAUGAGGGAAUUAUUCACAUUUACGACACGAAACAAGGUUCUCCCGUUCUUCAACGUACCGUCGAUCUUCAAGAGAAGGGAUGGACGUCAUUUUCAGUGGGAAUUGACCCAACGGAGAAGCGCUUGAUUAUAGCCCUAUGUCUUUCUCAUCCACCUUAUAGGAUUCAUAUUUACCAGAUAGAACUUCUGGCCGUCAAUCAAGCAGUGUCUUUGAUACGCAUUAUCAUCUUGCCUCAUUAUAAAAUCAUACAGGCCCUCGAUAUCCCAAAUAGACUCGUCAUAGUAUCAACCGCUGCCUCUGUUACAACUUUGAAAUGGGACGAAGACUACGAUCCCGAAGCGCGUGAUGCAACAUUUAAUGUCAAUGCCGAAGACGAAGGAGGUUGGUGGGAUGGGGUAAUUGGGGUCUGCCUUCUCGGGUCAUACAUAUUAGUCCACAAAACUCGAUCUCUCCAUGUACGCCAAUACAAAGACCGUUGCGGGUCUGCACUCAAACACAAAUUUACCCUGUCAUUUAAACAAGUCUCGUUUUCUGCGUCAUCCAAAUCGACCAACAAGCUUUCAGGAACGACGGUGUACGAAGUCUCCACUUUUGCAUACGACGUGAUUCAGGGACUCUUCCAAUUCAACAUCAAACUCACAGUCCCAGAAUCUUUCGGUGUUCCCCCAUCGCUCGAUGUCCAACUAACAAGUGUCUACCCACUAGCGCUCGGUGUGAUCCAGCCCAUCGCAUCUUCGCAAUCCGCACCACACCCUUCUCCUUCAGUUUCCUCGCCUGAUUUUAGCCCAUCGCCAUCGUUCAAACAUACCCACGCGACUAGGGCAUCUGACACAUCUUCCAUUGUUGUUCAUCCAGCCAACCCAGCUGCGGAUACGGACUACCGCUCACGGGGUUUUCUGAGCACGCAAUGCAUGGGACCACAGGGUAAGCGUGGGAUAUGGGUUGAGCGCCAACGGUCGGGCACGGUGCGUGAUCUCCAAGUCUGGUUCCGCGAGCCUUCAGAGCCAUCGUCAAGCGCAGAGCGUGCGCUAUCAGAACCAAGCACUGCAGAAUUUCCUUUGCCGGUGAUGGAGAUAGAGCGCAGAGUCAUUUAUACUCUGCAAUCCUAUGAUCUCAGAGACGAUAUCUUGAUAUCGACGUUUAACGAAUUGAAUGGCACAAUUUAUCUGGGACAUCGAUCAGGCUACAUUUCCGUCAUUGCCUUGGAAUGUUGA